UUUGGAAGAAAAGAAUAAAGAUAUUUAACCAAAGAUUAGAGACAGAGACCAUGCCAAUCCCUGGAUGGUUACUGUGUUUGGACCAUUACGCUUAUGUGGAUUCCGUACGUCUAUGCUAUCCGUUCGUGCCCAAGUCUAUGCACGUGAAAGUAAGCUGUGUACUAGGUAUGUACGAACCCUUUUCGGCCAUUCCAUCUACCUAGCUGUGGUCUUGGCUAAGGUAGGAAGACGGGAGAAGACAGCUGGUAUCGAAGUAACAAGUCGAUACCUAGUAAAAGGGCGUAAGUGGAGGUCCCAAGGGGGGGCUGGCAGCUCAUUGAAUGUCAUAGACAGGAGGGAUUGGGAAGAGCGCAUACGAGGAAGUGGAAAUGGGAAAGAGAGGGCAGUAGCACAAAGGAUAAGCCAUAAAAGGGUUUAUGGGUUUUCUUAGAACACAUCAAGUUAAUGUAUUCCAGAGCAUGGCCACCGCAAUGCCGGCGGAUGUGUGGAAUUGCCAAAGGUCAAUAACUCGAUGUCGUCCAUGUCUCGUCUCUUCCUCGGGGCGCGUCAUCUUGACUGACUGCCGCAAGAAAACCUCGAGGAAAGGAGACCUACCUAGGUAAAGACCUCAAAGGUACUUCCAUGGUAGCCUGAAUGGCGCUUGAUACCUGAAAGAGCUUCCAGUGCCCGUGACACCCAACCACCACCUUACUGGCCCAAACAAAACGGUCAUCUCCAUUGUCCUGGGAUAGUAGAGGUAGGUACCUAGACAAAGCCGUCCGCGAUCCCUGGAUUGUUGGCCCACCGCUGUCCGCACCAGGACAGGCUCGGGCAUUAGACUUAGU